AAUCCUGUUUUAAAGAGAUACUUACAACAAACAUUUACACUAGUCUCUCCAAUUACAGCUUGCUAAAUCUCAGAUAUGGGAUUUUUGAACUUUGUGACACUUGUCACUACCGUUAUUUACCCUGUUAUCGCUUCCUACAGGGCUUAUGAACAGUAUAAAGAUGCGAACCACAAGUUUAAUGGUUCCAACUUGAGUAUUGGUGGAUUCAAUGUUCCUAUCAAUACAUUAUUUAAAAAGGCGACAGGGGAUCACGAUGAGACUGUUCCCAAUGAAGCCGCCCUCUUGCUAUAUGAAUCCAACAGACUUCAGAAAUGGUAUGUUUAUUGGAUUGUUCACACAGUAGUAGAACUCAUUGAUUCGGGCUUGUACCUCAAGUACUUGAUCCCUUUCCACUCCUUAUUUAAGCUUGGGAUUUCGGUUUGGCUUCUCUCACCAAUGUUGCAAUACAGAUCCAUAGAUGCUUUUGAUGCUAAAACAGAUUUGAACCUGUUUUUUGAAGGGGGAUGCGGUUUCUGCUACAAGAAAUUUGUGUCACCUUUACUACAAGGAGAAGUUAAGUUCCUUAGUGAUAUCUCUCUCAAGGAUAUCCCUUUCAACACUGAGCAAUUACCCACAUUUGUCAAGCUGAUUUUGGACUAUGUCAAAAAGCUUAUGGAGGCUGCUCCACUGGUCUCCUUAUUAAACUUCAUUAGAGGCUCUGCCAGAGGUGUAGAUAUAAAUGAAUCUGGGUCCACGACAUCUUUCUCAGCUGCUUCCGGUGCUGAGUAUUUGGGGUCUUUGAGGUCUUUUAGCGCUCUGACAUUGCAAGGUUACUUUUCCAAGGUUACAUCAGACCCCAGUGCUACUUCUAAAGACACGGUUGAAGACGAAUACGAUGUCAUAGACAGCCCCAGCCAAACCGAUGGGGUGGGAGCGUCUCCUAGAACGACACAAACAGACCCCGUGAAAAGAAAGGGUUGGAUCUGGUAACAUCAUGGUAUGGGACGAAGGUUAUGGUUUUGGGAUGGAUGUUCGUAUACGGUUAUAGGGAUUUGCUCCGAUUGUAUUAUGUUUUACUACUAAAUUGAAUAAUAUUGCUAGAUUUUGGUAUACUGUAGUAUUUGUGAGUUAUUUAUAUAUACAAGAGCGAAGUUAAUAGCCCAAAAAUUGGUUAACCAAAUCUUUGUUACUCUUCAAGGUAACUGUUUCAUUAUAUUUGUUCAUUUUUUUCUCAGCUUCUUGCUUGAACAGUUUUGUUAUAAACUUGUUAGGCAAGACCGGCUUUUUAUACAAGCCGUCAAAUGCAUUGGUUUGCUUAUCCUUAUCGGAACCUAAGCUAUUCUUAAUUUCAAUGAUAUCAGUUUGAUUUUCAAUUGUUUCAGAGAACAGCUUCGCUUCAGCUGGAAGUUGGGGCCAAACAAAGGGUUCUUCCAUAUCAAUUGUCAUUUUCUUAUACUGGGGACCUCUGUACCUUCCCAUGUCAGUCAUUGAUCUUUCGAACUUGGCAUGCAAUAAUUGGACUGUUAUGUUUAAAGCUCUUAACCCAUACACGUGCCACAAGUAGUCUCUCAAGUCCAAUUUAUUGAAGUUUCUAGGAACCAAGAAUUUGGCCUGGUAGGGGGUGUGUUUGGCAUUUGAUCUCAAAAGGGCAAUACGAGCUUUUGGUAAGUAUACUUGUUUUUGUCCCAAUUUGAAAUGUGCUUCGCCAGAUGCGAUUUCAUCAGCAUACUUCUCAAGGUUUCUUCUGGCUAUUUUAUCACUUCGAGAUCUGAACUUUAUGGGUACAGGCUUGUCUUGCUCAAUGUAUAAUUUUCUGAUUUCUUCAGCAGGAAAUACUGAAUCAGUUACUGAUUGUGAUAAUAAUGGUUGUCUUUCCUUUCGGAACCCAUAUCUUGGUUUAUCCAAUACCACAUCAUCGACAAAAACUGUGGGGUACUUUCUGGCGCUUGCUUUAUAGCGUAAGCCUCUUAUAGAUUGUAUUGAAUGGUGCCAUAUGCUUCCAAGUAGUCCUUGGCUGGGAUUCAUUAUCAGAGGAUUGAUUUCU